AUGUGGAUGAAUGCAAUGCAGCCCUGCACGACUGCGAUCCUAACGCCACCUGUCUGAACACCGUCGGCAGUUUCCGCUGCGAGUGUAACGGUCGCUGGUCGGGCGACGGAGUCACGUGCGUCGCGACGACUGAGCAGUCCUAUCAUUACGUCGGUCCAGACCUGGUCGAUCAGUCCGGAGCAGGGAGACUCGUCACGGCAAGAAGCAUGCUUAUCUGUUCGAUGUAUUGCGCCAAGGAGCCGACCUCCCCCGCCUGCCGAGCUUUUAGUUAUAACGAGCAGACGCGCGAGUGCCGGAUGUACGUCAGCACGCGCACCGGAGGUGACGUCAACCAAACGCUAGUCGACUGGAUGUACUACGAACUCGACACGACGGUGACUUAAAAUAUCGUUUAAAUCAAAUACGAGACUGACUGCGAGCGAAUAAAAAGAUUACACCUAACUAACUUUUAACAACUAACUUAUUAGUGGUUCCAAAUGGAAGCAUUGACCGCAUAGAACGGAGAACAAAGACUGCAGAAACAGCGGUCGUCUUCUUUAUCGCGUCAUCCUGACGCAAAGUUCAUCUCGCGUUUUAAUUCGCACAUCAAUAUUCGCGCGCGGA